AUGCAUCAGCGCAGCUGUUUCGGCUCUACCCGGAAGCGGACCAUAGUGGGCGGCUAUGCCUGGGCCUGGUGGUUGGUCACGGAUGUGCAGCGUAUCUCCCUCGAGGUCAUGACACUGAAUCCGAUGUGCGAGUACGUGGAGACCGCACAGGGCGUGCCACUAACGGUGACCGGCGUGGCCCAGUGCAAGAUAAUGAACGAAGACGAACUGCUCACCACCGCUUGCGAGCAGUUCCUGGGCAAGAGCGUCAAGGAGAUCAAGUCCACUGUUCUCCACACACUGGAGGGACAUCUGAGAGCUAUUCUCGGAACGCUUACAGUAGAAGAGGUGUACAGAGACCGAGAUCAGUUUGCGGGUCUUGUGCGCGAGGUGGCGGCGCCCGACGUCGGCCGGAUGGGCAUCGAGAUCCUGUCCUUCACGAUCAAGGACGUGUACGAUGACGUCCAGUACUUGGCCAGCUUGGGCAAGGCGCAGACGGCGGUAGUGAAGCGUGAUGCGAACAUUGGCGUAGCUCAGGCUAACAGGGACGCUGGAAUCAGGGAAGCGGAAUGCGAGAAGAGCGCUAUGGAUGUGAAGUAUGCAACGGACACCAAAAUAGAGGACAACAAUAGGAUGUACAAACUGCAGAAGGCCCAGUUCGAUCAAGAAAUAAAUACAGCUAAAGCUGAGUCUGCUCUUGCAUAUGAGCUUCAAGCUGCUAAGAUUAAGCAAAAGAUCCGAAACGAAGAGAUAAUGAUUGAAGUCGUUGAAAGACGCAAGCAAAUUGAGGUGGAGCAACAGGAAAUUCUACGUCGCGAAGAAGAACUAAUGUCCACGGUGCGACUACCGGCUGAAGCAGAGGCAUAUCGUCUGCAAGCUAUUGCUGAGGGAAAACGCACUCAAACUGUGGAAGCGGCUAAAGCAGAUGCAGAGCGCAUUAAGGUGCUUGGUUUGGCUGAAGCCAACGCUAUUGGUGACGUUGGUAAGGCUGACGCCGAGCGUAUGCUUGCUAAAGCCAAAGUGUAUAAACAGUACGGAGAUGCCGCUAUGAUGGCACUUGUACUCGAAGCUUUGCCUAAGAUCGCGGCAGAAGUGUCGGCGCCACUGGCCAAGACCGACGAAAUAGUCCUGGUCGGGGACAAUGGUGCUACUGGAGAGGUGGCCCGGUUGGCCGGUGGAAUACCACCGGCUCUUAAGUCUCUCACCGGCCUGGACAUUAACCAGGUGCUGAAGCGCUUGCACCCCAACAGCGCGGGAGAUGAAUCUUCUCUUGUCGCAACUGCUAGCAAGAAGAAGGAGGUGGCAGCAUGCUAA